UCGGCUUUCUCCACGCCUUCCCCACCAUCUCCAUGGUUACAUCUCUCCCCCACUCUUUUGCUUUCACACACACACACACACACCCCUUCCACCCUCCUGCCCGCCUGCCCGCUUUUGAUUGGACUCUGCAAGCUCUCAAGAGCAGUUUGGAGAGGUUUGGCCCGAGCUGAAACUUUGAAGAAAGAAGGAAGCGUUUUCCCAUCAUGUCUCAGUGGGGCCUCUUUUUGUGACCCUUUCCAGGAUGCAAGCCCAGCCGCAGCACUGUGAAGGAGAGGAGGAGGAGGAAGAGGAAGAAGGAGGAGGAAGAGGAGGAAGCAACCACAGCGCAUCAGAGGGUCCUUUCGGCAAAAGCCCCUUCCAUCUGACGGCCGAAGAUGUCUACGACAUCUCCUACAUCCUGGGAAGGGAGCUGCACACCCUCGGCACCGAACCCCAGGCAGAGAUGCCCGCCAGGGUAGCCCGCUUGCAGUUCAGGGUGGUCAGCAUUCUGGAGAUGUUGGAAGCGCUGGUGAGCGAGAGCCACCUGGCCAUGGAAGCCCUCAAGCUGGAAAGGGACAGUUUGAAAAGGGAGCUGGAGGAUCUGCGGCAGCAGGUGACAUCUGGCACCGCCGGAGAGGUCAAUCCGGGCCCCAACAAAAUGAUUGUGGACCUCACGGACGUGAACCGUCCCCGUUUCACGCUACAGGAGCUCAAAGAUGUUCUUCAGGAGCGCAAUCACCUAAAAGCCCAGCUUCUCUUUGCUCAGGAAGAGUUGGAGGGUUACAAGAGUGGUUAUAUUUCUCAGAAGCAGGAAAAGGACAGUCCCACGCAAAGAGAAACGACGGUGGGCACGCCCUCUGGCUCUGCUCGAUUUAAAGAGAAAACUACAAUCAAGCAAUGGUUUGCCUUUAAAAAGUUACGAUGAACUAUGUCUGCCCUGGGAUGUCCCAAACUGGAAAGUCAAAUUUUAAAAACUGGGGUUGCAAUACUUGAAGACUGUUUCGCGAUUCGUUGCGGCUGGUGGAGGCUUCAACCUCUGGUUUUAUCCCAAUCGGUUAUCUUCUUGUUGGCAUAAAGCUUUUUCAACCUGUGGCUUUCUCCAAAUCUACGGGACUUUUAAGGUGGAUGUUCUGAUAAUACUUUUGCCACGUUAAAUUUUUACUGGAAAUGUUUAUAUGUCUGCAGCCAGCAGAAUAAAGUGUCACAGAGUUUCUAGAAUCCUUGAAAUGAUCUUUGCAAACAUGACUUCCCGAGUUUUGUUUCUUUUUUCCCAGUUAAAUUUUAAUUUGAAAUGCACCUCAUAUAAUAGAAAUUAAAGAACUGUUCGCUCUUGUCUAUCCAGAGCUUUCAGUCC